UUACCUGGUAAUUAUGUCAUGGACAAUACCUUAUAAUUGCACCAUGCGAAUUACCUUGUGUUGUCAUUUUUAUACAUCUUGAGGGCAACGUUGAUUUAUUCCUGAUCCAAAUACUGCUGUUAAGAAACGUGCUUGUUUUUUUUUUGAAAUAAAUGAAUAAAAGAAGUGCUUGAUUGAUUUGAAUUUUGAAUAAUGCUGUUGUUCUGUCCACAGUGCAGCAACAUAUUAAUGGUAGAACAGGGUACUUCCGGCCACCGCUUUUCUUGCAAUACUUGUCCUUAUAUUUUCAACAUAAAAAAAAAGUCAUCGACUAAGACAUAUCCACGUUUAAAGGAGGUUGACCACGUAAUGGGUGGUGCUGCUGCAUGGGAAAACGUUGAUUCCACUGAUGCCGAGUGCCCCUCUUGUUCACAUAAAAAAGCAUACUUUAUGCAAAUGCAAACAAGGUCUGCAGAUGAACCUAUGACUACAUUCUAUAAAUGCGCUAAUCAAUUGUGUGGACAUAAUUGGAGAGAUUAAAAAGUUUAAGACAUCAAAAUAAAUUCACUUAUUUUAUAUACCAUA